AUGAACAGGGAAGUAUUAAUUUACGUCAAAAUCAUCAUAGCUCUAUUUGCUCUCAACUCCAUCAUUCUUUAUCAUUACUUCUCGUCCACCCAUCCCAGCCACCACCAACAUCUGGCGGUGAACCACCACCGCACGGCGGACAGCUCUCCAAUAAACAUUCCAUACCGAAGACCCCAUUCAUCAAAGUCAUCACCAAUCAUCCCAUCGAAGCCCUGGCAUAUCAUCCCAUCAUACUUGCCUUGGUCUUUGAACCCAAACGUAGUUUUAAAUUCAUGUGAAGCUUAUUUCGGAAAUGGGUUCACGAAGGUAGCUGAUAUUUUGCCCGCAAAGGUCGCCUUGAGAACCGGGUCCAGUUGGUUUCGGUGCCAUCACUCCGAGACGUUGAGGACCUCAAUUUGUGAAGGUGGGAAGAUAAGGAUGGAUCCUGGGAAGAUUGAGAUGUCGAGUGGAGGUGAGAAGCUUGAGGAUGUUAUUGGUAGAAGUGAAGAAGAAGAACUGCCUCGGUUUCAAGAUGGAGCUUUUGUGGUUGAAGGUAAUGGGGGUUCAAAGAGAAGGAAGCUAGUUGGGGAAGGGUUCUUGGAUGAAUUUAUACCUGUUGACGAUGAUGAUUCAGGCCAUCCUAUCAGGGAAUCAAUUGGGUCUAUUGUUAUUGUUGGUGCAAAUGAUUUUGAUUGCCAAGAGUGGGUGGAUGAGCCUACACUUUUGGCAACAAGAUUCGAGUAUGCUAACCUUUUCCACACGGUCACCGAUUGGUACAGCGCGUACAUGUCUUCUAGGGUGACCGGCUUGCCUAAUCGGCCGCAUUUGGUCUUUGUCGAUGGUCAUUGUCAGACACAAUUAGAUGAAACAUGAAAAUAAUUUUUUUCAAGCCUUAGAUUCACGAAAAUCUUCACUGGUCCGGUCUGUUUCCGCCAUGCUAUUUUCUCACCUCUGGGAAACGAGACCCCAUUAUCCAGAGGACUCGGUGAAAAAAUAGACUGUCAUGGAGUUUCAGCUCUUGACCUAGUACAAAGUCCUGAUAUCCACAAAACUGCUCGAUUAUCCGAGUUCGGAGAAAUGAUAAGAUCCGCUUUCGAUCUUCCGGUAAACAGACAUCGUGCCAGUAAGGCAGCCUUGGGUCAUAAUGUUCUGUUUAUCCGUCGAGAAGAUUAUUUUGCACAUCCACGCCAUGAAGGUACAGUUGAACAAAGACUUAGAAACGAGCAAGAAGUGUUUGAUUCACUAUCGAGGUGGGCAUCUGAUCAUGUCGAAUGCAAAGUGAACCUUAUCAAUGGGUCGAUUGCACAUAUGGCGAUGAAAGAACAGGCUCGAGCCAUUCAAGAUGCUUCGGUUAUCAUCGGCGCUCACGGUGCCGGUCUAACACACCUGGUAUCUGCAUCACCAAAAACGGUGCUUCUCGAGAUUGUUAGUAAAAAAUUCAAACGUCCACACUUUCAAUUGAUCGCACAGUGGAAAGGGUUGGAAUCUCAUGGCAUUUACCUUUAUGGACCAUAUGCCAAUCCUCAAAUCGUCAUUACUCGUCUUGACAGGAUAAUAAGCCAUCUUGGUUGCUAAAUGAAGGGCAAUCUGUUCAUUAUGCCUUCAGACUUGGCCUCACACGAUUUUGCUUCUUCUUCUUUUCUUCCUGGAAUUGUCUAACUGAAGAAACAUAGAAGAGGGACUACAAGGAUAAAGGAGACGUUGAAAUCUUUCUAGUUGAUUAUGGAUUUAGGCAAUGUUCAUAAAUCCAUACAUGGAUAAAAAAUUAGGGUUUUAUUUGUUUCUUAAAAA